AUGACUUCCUCUAGCGACCUCGAGGCCAUGAAGGCCGAAACCAUUGUCGAGACGGGCUCGGAAAAUGUUCCUGACGUCCAGCACCCUACUCUUGCGGCCAAGCCAGCCGGCAACUCGCUCAUCAAGCACGUUGUGGCGUUUUUGGGUGAGUUCUUUGGCACCUUCAUCUUCUUGUGGACGGCGUUUGUCAUUGCCCAGAUUGCCAACCAGCUGCCUGACAUUCCUGCGGCCGGCCAAGGCUCGUCGCCAGGCCAGUUGCUUAUGAUUUCGUUUGGUUUCGGUUUUGGCGUCAUGGUGGGGGUGUUCAUUUUCUUCAGAGUCUCGGGCGGUAACUUGAACCCUGCGGUGACUUUGACGUUGGUUUUGGCCAAAGCGGUUCCUCCAGUGAGAGGUGUGGUGAUGGUUGUUGCUCAGAUGAUUGCCGGAAUGGCUGCUGCCGGCGCUGCUUCUGCCAUGACUCCAGGCGAGAUUGCUUUUACCAAUGGACUCGGUGGCGGUGCUUCCAGAUCCAGAGGUGUGUUUAUUGAAGCUUUUGCUACGGCGCUCUUGUGCUUGACGGUAUUGUUUUUGGCUGUCGAGAAGGCCAAGGCUACGUUUAUGGCGCCUUUUGUCAUUGGCAUUGCUCUUUUCUUGGGCCACUUGAUUGCCGUUUACUACACUGGUGCCGGUUUGAACCCAGCCCGUUCUUUCGGCCCAUGCAUUGCUGCUAGCUCAUUCCCAGACUACCACUGGAUCUACUGGGUGGGUCCCCUCUUGGGCUCUGUCAUUGCAUUUGGCAUCUGGAAAACGUUCAAAGUUUUGGAGUACGAGUUGGUCAACCCUGGCCAGGACUCGGACAAGUAG